GAAAUAAAGUUGUAUAUCAUUGAUUACAUGUUGUCGUCAUUAAUAGCUUCCUUCCUCAAUGAAAAUGAAGCGUUUAAGGAAACGCCAAGCAUAGAAAACUCAUCAACCGAUGUGAGUGGAGUGAUCUUCACAUGCAAAUUGGUUUCCGAUCUCCACAUACAGAAAAAAAACCAAAAAAAUCCUCAACCUUCAAUCUCAAAGUCUCAGAAUGAAACUAAGCCCCCCAAGUCUUGUUUCCCAAGUGCCAUUGAUAAUGAUUUUCCACACCAACACUUCUACCAAGAAAGCACACCACAGAAGGGCCUUGAGUAAACAGUAGGGUCUUUUGUACACCGGUAUACCCCAUGGCUGAUUAAAUUAUUGUCAACUAAAGUUAAUGUGCGAAACAACCAAAGGUUUUUGGUGCCGAAAAAAUCCGUCAUCCUUCAUUGAUUUGAUCAGCAGAGAUCUCACACCUUAGCUAGAUUGAGAUGGAGCCAGCCCGGGGUAGCAGCGAGAAGAAAACAAGCGUUGAGGCGUGAAGACCUAGUCAAAAGCCCGCACGAUUAACCGCCGGCGUAAGCUUUUCGUCGCCUUCGAUUAGGUUCGCGAAGGGGGCUUUUGGGGUGGUAGUUUUCAACGAGGGUAUAAGAAAUAGGUGCACCGAUCGAUUGUGUCGUAGUCGGUUCUGAACAGCCGCGUUGGGAAGUGAACGUGUGAUUUGUGAGUUGUGAUCUGUUGUGAUCUGUUGUGUUACUUGUGCCUAGCAAGAUGCAAAUCCAAAGUAUUGCUUUGGUUUGUGCGUGUUUAGUGCUUGCCUCAGUGAGUGCUGCUCCACGUGUACAACGUUCGGCAAAUGAAGCUGCAUCGAGCUACUUCUACUUCAGUCGUUCACCAGGACAUUCGCUUGAGCUUGGCACACCAUUUGAUGGGUUGUCGGUGAUUCCAACACUGCCGGAACUGAAAUCUUUCCCCUCGGUGCACAUCCAUCACGACGAAGGGGAUGAUCAUCACCGAAAAGCAUUGCUAGAGAGCAGUGAUGAGGAUGGAGAUGAGGAUGAUCAUGCAGCCUAUCGGGUGGUAGAACACGGCCACGAAGAGGAAGGUGGCUCAGCGUACGAUGAGGAUCAUCACGCAAAGAAGGGUGACAAGUCGGAGAAAGGAUACGACAAGAAGCACGCGCUAGAACACGGCAGCAAGGGAUCGUAUGGAAAGGAGGAUCACAAGCAACACUACGCGCACGGUGGGGAUCGCAAGCAUGCGCAUCACGACGAAGCCUCCCACUACAACGAUUAUCACGCGGAGGCAAAGCGUACCAAGGGUGGCAAGCAUCACGAGAAAAAGCACCACAAGAAGGGUUCGAAAACGACGGGCUAUCACAACGUGUAUCACAAGGAUGAGUACAAGAAGGAGCACAUCUUCUACGAUACGAGCGAUCACAGCGGGCAGUUUAAGAAGUACGGGUCGUCGCACGAGCAACACUCCAAUGAGGCCGGACAGCAUGCGAAGGGUGGCCACGAGGAUCACGCUCACCGGGAAAGUGCACACAAGAAGGCGGGCAGCAAGGAGCACGGUUCGUACGAUAAGCAUCAUGGGGAGUUCGCGAACGGGCAGGGACAGGAGGAGCAUCAUCAUGACGUUUCCAGCUACGACCGCAAGCACGGCCACAGCGGGCUGGGCGAACGGGGCUACAAGAUUAUUCACCCUUAGCGCCAUUACGCGAUGCGAUGAAAAAAACGGGCCCAAAAUUGCAUUUGCGUUAAGCAAAACGGUAAUCACGGGGUGAGGUAGGUGUGCAUUUUGCGUAAUAAAUUAUU